UAAACUAUGUAUCGAUAGUCCAUUCCUAAACAGAAUGCAUAUAUCUGGAAAAUUAAGAAGUUAAAAAUAAUUAAAGACCACUUAUAAUACUUUAAAAUUAAAACCAUUUUGAAUGCGAAAACUUUUUUAAGCUGGCGUGAUAUCAUUUUCGGGACUGGUUCAAAGCUUUUUACAUUGUUUUUUUGUUUUUAAGCAGUAUUCUAAAACUGGAUAUUAAGUUUAUAAGAUAAUUCUCAUUGUAAGUAUAUAAAGAAGGAAAUAUAAUUGCCAAUAUUUAUUUUUUUUUGCAUUAUCGCUUAUUUGAUACCCUGAUAUAAUAUACAUUGUUCUAUAGGAAAAGAAAAAACUAUGCAUUAGUUCCCCACUUCCACAUUUUUAUAAAAAUUGGAUCAAUUUACCCAUCAAAUAAACACCCAGCAUCGAUUACAUAUUGACAUUCCAACACAAUUUGCAUACCCAAGUACAAUUUGCCGCCCCAGACUCAUGCUUCAAUCAUACAUAUAUCAUCUCAUCGAAAGGGUUACAGGUUCAUUAGCCUACCACCUGACCUUGCCAUUGGUCAAGAGAACAAGAAACUGAAAGUGUCGUCGACAUUUUGUGUUCAGAUAACGAGGAAAAUCAAUUGAUUUUGACUUUUUUAUUGCAUAAAUUAAAUUUGCCUUUAUUAUUGAAUGUCAAUAUUAAAUCGGUUUCAAAUUGAUGCUUUGCAUGACUUGGUGGGAAUAUGAUGAUAAAUGGGCCUGGAAAACUUCACAGAUAUUUGAGAUAGUAAACAUUUCCGAUAAGUAGGAGAAUGAAGUAACUUAAUCUGGAUAACAGAGUCAGUUUACAAAAAGUUGGAAGGGUCUCAGGUGAACGAUUAUAAAGAAAAAUACAUUUGAGACACCCUGUAUCCUCUUAAAGCUUACGUUGAAGUAAACUGUUAGCUUUAUUUAGAUUUUCAGAUAAUUCAUGAUUCAUGAACUUGGCCAACAACCCCUUAACGUAACUUAGUAAUUUCAAAAAGCUUUGCAAUACUUGAAAUCCACAAAGAUCAAGUUCCAUAUAUUUUCGAAAUGCCAUAUCAGAAGAGGAAACAACGCCAAUCACCACUAGUAUUAACCACUUGGAACAUAUCAUGAUAGUAAAACUGAUAAAUUAGCCAAAUGAAUGGUAGAAUAUAUUGAUUACACUAUGAAGAGGCACUUAUCAUAGUUUUUCAAAAAUUAUAUAAAAAGGAAAUACAUCAAAAAUACAUCAUAAGUGUUAAAAUAAAGAUUUUUAUUCAGGUACAAAAAUUCAAAACUAAUAGCAUAGUUUUAUGAAAGGGUAUUAAUUGAUGUAUUCAGAAAUAAAAUGAAUCAUAAUUGUUUUCGGCGCUUUCUUAUCUCGUCUGGGCUCAAGGGGAGUGGGUUUGGCAGCACUUGGCCUGUCACAGGAAAAACCGCCGUCACUUUAGAAACACGAGUGUUUAUCAAUAGGUUUACGAUCCAACUAACAUGUGCGAAAUUCCCAAAAAAUUUUAAAAAAUUUAGGGCUAUUGAUUGCUGGUAGAGUCCCCCACAAUAUCCCCGCUGGGAUAUAAAUGGCAUGGGAAAAGUUCCAGUCACGAACUCAGUAUAGGGGUUCAAUUUAGUCUAUUACUCUGGCCGUACUUGUCCACUUCACGUCCAAGUCUCCGGCAUUAGAGAAGGCGUACGCUCAAUGCAAUUAGGCAUAACCGGUACUCGUUCGGGUGAUAAGGAUUGAGAUAACUCGUGCGGUCGUAUCAUUCACAUUACUAUUAUUCCGAAUAGAGCCGAAACGAUUUGUGGAAAAAAUGGCACUCCAUUCAGACUAUUGGACACCUGCGCCACAUUGUUUCGCCAGUCUGCGAUCUACCGGCGCUCCAGUCACCUGUUCUGGACGCUUUUGGCCAUCCUAGUUCAGCGAAACCGUCGACGAGUCCAUCCGGCCAACAUGCGUGACAAGAGCCAGGAGCCCUGCUGUCUGCCCCUCAAGGAGGAGUUCCAACGGUCAAGGUUCUCUUUGUACCAUGAUGAUCCUGGCGCCUUCUGCCGCUCCCAGUGGCAAAGGGGAGACAGGAAUUUAAUUUGGCUCUUGUACCGAUGGAUCUUGGCUGGUUUCUUUGCCGGUGGAGUAAUUGGCAGCAUGGUGUCGACCUUCAACGGUGGCCGGUGGUUCAUUUACCUUACGGAUUGGGGCUUCAGUCUGUGCUUCUACUGCUGCACUUAUGGCGCUGUGAUAGCCACCAUAUACUUCAUCAAGCCCUCUUACUUCGCUCCUGGCAGUUGGGCCUUGAGAAUUUAUUGGAUAUCCCAUUAUACAACGGUCGUCCUGGGAAUGUUAAUAACUCUAGUCUUUUGGGCUGCUCUUUAUCCUUCCAUGCCUGGAAUGGGAGCCGAGCUCUACAACUUAUGGGCUCACGCUUUUAACUCCAUAUGCAUGAUUUUCGAUUGCUUUAUGGUGGCUUUUCCCACUCGUAUCAUGCAUUUUGUUUAUCCCUUCACCAUUGGCAUUUCCUACGGACUUUUUUCUUUAAUCUAUUUCUGGAGUGGUGGAGUAGAUCCCAUGGGCAACCGAUACAUUUACUUCAUAUUGGAUUGGGAGCGUCCCGGUCUGGCCAUAGGAUGUGUGUGUGGAUGCGUGGCUUUGGCUUUUGCUUUCUGCAUUUUGGUCUUCGGCUUCUAUAGAUGGCGCAUUGCGUUGCACAAAUGCUGCUUCAAACAGCCCGAUGAGAUUCCAACCACCUCAGCACCUCCUAAGGAACCAGCUCAUACAGUUUAAUGGAUCAUUUUGGUAACUGAACUCCAAAAAUCGAUUAUGUUUCAUCAAAUCCUGACAUGGUCAUUGAGGAUUUUUGGGAUUGCUUUGCCUUAAAUAGGCAGAAUUUGAAAAUAAGUGACCAAAAAAAAUAUAGAUUUUGUUAGUCAAAUUAAAACUUAUAUUCAUCCUUCACAUUGAAAUGGAGAUAUGUUGUAUUUUAAAUAAUUAUGAAUGUAAUUUUAAUAAUUGCUGGACCUGCCACGAAGAAAGUGAUUAAAUAAUAAAUGAUUAAUAAAAUUAAUAAAUUAAUUAUUAAUAAAUACAAAUUGACAAUUAUACUUACUUUAUACACUGUUGAAUUAAUCCUUAGUAUUAUUUCAUUCUUUAAUUUACUUUAAACUUUAUAUUCACUACAGUAUAAAUGUUGUAAAACUUUUAUCAUAUUUAUUUAAGAUUUGAUUU